UAGACACAAUAACGCACCCACUAUCUUUCUCCUUCCCUUCCGCCUUCCUCCUUCUUCUUCUUCUUCUUCUUCCUCCUCACUGUUUAACGCAGAGAGAACCUCCGUCUCUUCUCUCUUCUCUUCUUCUCCUCUCUCUCUUUCUCUACAGAAUAAGUUUUUUUUUUUUAAUUCAUUAAUAAAAUACCAUUUGAUUCGCUGGUGGUGAUCGGAUACGUGAAAGUAGAAGCACGGCUAUUGUUUCGUCAUCCUCGAAUUGGAUGUGGAGAAGAGAUUAAACGAAUCUUAUAGAUUUCUGAAAAUUUUAAAUUAAAAAAAAACAGAUCGGAAUCGGAAAACGUACCAUUACAAAAUUCGAAUCAGGUUUCUCACUUGGGUAUAAUGAUGAGGUAUCAAAGAGUAAGCCCAGAUUGUCUUCCCCAUACAACAAAUGGAAGCAAGAAGCCUUACUUAAGACCAUCACCAUCAAACGACGACACAACCACCGUCAUUACCACCACAACCUCAAUCGCCGCCGGAAGAGGAUUCAACGCCGGAUCAUCAUCGUGCACAACAACAACCUCUUCCUUAGAUGGAAUCCCCAAAGGAGUCCGAUUCAGAUCCACCUCCCAACAACAACAACAGCAAGAAGAACAUGAUCCUAGUCCAAGCCGUCGCGGCGGAGAUGUGCUGUUACAGUGGGGACAACGAAAACGAUCGAGAGCUUCCAGAGCCGAGAUCCGAUCCAUCACAGCUGAUGACUCUUCAUCUUCUUCAGGACAAGGUAAGAUUCAAUCGAACAAACUCCAGAGACGAUCGGUGAAUCCUUCUAUGCCACCACCACCACCACCAGCUCCUCCGGUUUUCACUAGCCGGAGUACUAACCCUAGAAACGGUUUCGUCGUCGGCAAGGAAUCUUUCUUCCCUUCUUCCUCCAGGAAUCUAGAAGAUCGAUCAGCCAACGGAUCACCAUCAAGGAACAACAACAACAUGAACGGCCGUAUGAUGUCCAGAUCGGGUGGUGGCUCAAAGCGAUCUCCACCUUCACCUGACCAAAUCGAGAAGAGAUCAAGCCUACUUAGAGAUCAGAGACAAAACGGGUUUGAUCAUCAACAACAGCAGCAUCAGAGAGUGGUCAGAUCAGAAUCAACGGCUCAGGGUCAUCAUCAUCCAGAAGUGGAGAUGAAUGGAGGAGAGAGAGAGAAAGCAACGCAAGAGUGGCCAAGGAUCUACAUUGCUUUGUCUAGGAAAGAGAAGGAAGAAGAUUUCUUGGUUAUGAAAGGAACUAAGCUCCCUCAUAGACCCAGGAAACGUGCUAAGAACAUUGAUAAAGCCCUUCAGUUUUGUUUCCCAGGGAUGUGGUUAUCUGAUUUGACCAAGAACCGUUAUGAAGUUAGGGAGAAGAAAAAUGUGAAGAAGCAGCAACCAAAACGGAGAGGAUUGAAAGGCAUGGAGAAUUUGGACACCGACUCUGAAUAAAUUAAUUUUUUUUUUUUUUUUUUUUGGGUUAAUGUGGUUUUUCGAUUUCUCUUUUGAGAAAAGAAAAAAAAAAACAAGACGCACACGUGUGGCUAGCGCGUGCGGAAUAGGCUCAGCAAGAACCAGAUCGAGCCUAUACGAUCGAGAGAACUUACCUUCUUUUUUUAUUUUUCUUUUUUUUUCCUUCUUUGGUUUUUUUGGGGGGGGGGUUCCAAAAUUCUCUUUCUUUUGUUUCGUGUACAAAAAAGAAAGUUGAAGAUCCCAUCUUCAUAAAUCAUAAUUUCUCUAUUUAAUUA